AUGUUGUGUGGAAGCAAAAUGAUGUCAAAUUCAUAACAGUUGUUCAUAAACGAAUGAGUUAUGAAGGCACGCCAUGCUUGAGGAAUGACGUCACUUUGCUUGUAUAUUGCAGUAGUGGUAGAAUUGGGGGAACCAGUGGGCCAGCGAGCUUUCCUGCCAUUACUGUUUUACAGCAGUGAUAUUAAUAGUCGCUUACAUGCGAAUUAUUUGUUAGUAAUAGGCACAAUUACACAAGCCGCGGAAGGUGAAUGUUGUGUAGAUGUUUAUUUCGAAGCCACUCAGCAGUCUUGAAUAGUAAUAUUAUUUAAUUCAUUCGUGCGCUUGAAAACAGCCAAACAAGGCAAAGUGCAGCCAAUCACUAAAAAGUACAGUUGGAGAAAAAUAAUAUAUAAAUGACGUAAAAGAUUAAGAAAUAAGAUUACGUCAAAAAACCAAAUAAAAAGAACGCGGUCAAAUAUACUGAAUGAAACCCGCAAGGAAUAAGAGGUGAAGUUUAAACAUUAUUUCGGCUGAAUUUCAACAGUAACUACAUUUAUUAAGACACGAGGCACGUCUGGUAGAGUGCAAGCUGUAGCAGACCAAAUGCUCUUCUGGGGUACCCAGCGCCGAAAAUCGUAUCGUUUCAAGUCCGGUGAAUGAAGUGGCUGCCGUUAAUGUACGGAAGACAAAAUAUUGUAACUGGUGAAAUGUGUAGUUUUGUGAUGAUAAGUGGAAUAGUAGGAACUCUUAAAACUCACGGGAAGAUUCAAGAAAAAAAAAUCACCGCUCCCCCCUCCUCCAAGGGUUCGGAAAAUGUCUUCAAAAUGAUUGGAGCCUCCAGCGCGGUCUGAGACAAACACGGGGGAGAAGUUAAGUCUUCGAGGACCCCGCAGUGGUUCGUUGCGAUAUUAAACUGAAGGCCCCCUCCGCCGACCAUCCUCAUUUCACCCUGUCAUUGGUGCUACCUGAACUCGCCCUGUGGGCUAAGGUGCCCCCUAGGCCAGGAGAGGUCGUGAUAGAUGUUACCUGUUUGAAGUAUCUACCUGCAUGUCCAUACGGCGUUACAACCCAGAAGACCAAGAACAAAAUCUUCAGCGGCCUGAGGACCUUAACUGUCACGCAUAAAUACGGUCUGCGGGUGUGGAUUAGGUUUAUCGUCGUCAGCAUGGAGUCGAGUGAUGGGCUUUUGUGGACAAAACGAAGCUCUUGACGUGGCGUUGACAUCUCUCUUCGAGAAGAUUGAAGCAGCUUCCAGAUACGAAUUUCUAAAAGAGAAGCUGCCACAUGACGUCAGCAGUUACAAUCAUUACUCUUACUUAGAGGAUAUUUACGAUUUGGUUUCAGAAGCCGAAGGUGUGUCUGUGGAAGAGUUUUUGGAUCAGCUGGGCCAGGAGUUGAUUGCAACGACAUGCAAGAAGCGAUUGAUGGAACGUGCGUUCCGUUGCCUGGGAGGCAAUCUACAGGAGUUUCUGACCACUCUGGAUGGAGUUCACGACGUAUUGCAGGGGGAGGGGCAGCCGGAGCGUGCUAGUUUCGUGUGUACUGCCGACCCGGCAGGUCACCUAGACCUCCUGUUCGCCACAGAGCGGCCUGCAGUCGCACUUCUUUUGUUAGGCAGCCUGAAGGCCAUCGCGGAUCGCUUCUACCGUACUGACGCCAAAGUAUCCGUCAGCGAUGAUGAUGAACCAGGUCGUUACCGGUACCGCAUAAUUCCCACCAUGCCUUCGGAAGAAGGCGACACCGAUGAUGACGCGGACGUCGUAACAAGUAUGAAUGACGUCGCGAGCACGUCAUUGUCCCGUUCUGCGUUGGAUCUCCGGAUGGGAGUUGCAAGUUUCUGUAAGGCGUUUCCGUGGCAUUUUGUGGUGGACCGACGGCUGGAGAUGGUGCAACUGGGAGCGGGAUUCAUGCAACUUUUCGCUCACGACUUUCAAACUCUUGGUACAUCCGUCGCCACCUACUUCGAGUUCCGUCGACCGAGGGGCAUCGCUCUCUGUUUCAGCGAGAUAGUGAAACGUGCCAACACCCCUUUCGUGCUGGCUAUCAGAUGGCCGGACUCAAAGGCAGAAGAGAGACUCGCUGAGGGUCUGGAACUCAAAGGACAGAUGGUGUUUUGUCCAGAAUCGGAUUCGAUCUUAUUCGUCGGAUCCCCAUUUCUUGAUGGCCUGGACGGUCUCACGGGCCGCGGGCUAUUUAUCUCCGAUAUUCCUCUGCACGAUGCGACUCGUGACGUCAUCCUCAUCGGAGAACAGGCGAGAGCACAGGAUGGAUUGCGCAGACGAAUGGAUAAGUUGAAGAACUCUAUUGAAGAAACUAAUCAAGCCGUCGACAAGGAACGUCAGAAGAACGUGAGCCUGCUGCAUCUAAUAUUCCCCCCGGACAUCGCCAAAAGGCUCUGGCUAGGGCAGCCGAUCGAGGCGAAAACACACGAUGACGUAACGAUGCUGUUCAGCGAUAUCGUCGGCUUCACGUCGAUCUGCUCUACAGCCACGCCCAUGAUGGUGAUCAACAUGCUCCAGGACCUGUACAAUCAGUUCGAUGUCUUCUGUGGCCAACUCGACGUAUAUAAGGUGGAGACGAUAGGAGACGCAUAUUGUGUUGCUUGUGGCCUGCACAAACAGAGUUCAACACACGCUCAACAGAGCGCGUGGAUGGCGCUCAAGAUGAUUGAAACUUGUUCGAGGCAUCGGACACACGACGGGAAACCCAUCAAGAUGCGCAUCGGUCUACACACGGGGACAGUAUUGGCAGGAGUAGUUGGUAAGAAGAUGCCACGCUACUGUCUGUUUGGGCACAACGUCACUAUAGCAAACAAGUUCGAAUCGGGUAGCGAGCCACUCAAGACAAAUGUCAGUCCGACCACAUACCAGUGUUUGCAGCAGACUCCUGGUUUCUCCUUUGCUCCACGCCCAAGUGACUGUCUACCUGUGGGAUUCCCCGCCCACAUUCCAGGCACGUGUCACUUCCUGCUGGGAUAUCGGCACCCAGAUCUCCCCGCGGAAUGUUCAUCCCUCUCUGAACACGUGGAAGCAGGAGUAAAGGAUCUCGGCAUAUUCUCCACUCAACAAUCUUAAACGUGCUCAUCCAGAGGCCCUACAGCCAUUUAAUCCUUGCUUUUUUUCAGGGUGUUUUAUUGAGACAAAUCAAUAUUCAUCUGCAAAUCUAAACAUUUACUCUUGACUGGUAUUGCGUAACUGAAACUUUUUUGCAAAUUAAAUUUGGUUGUAUUUUUGUUUCUUGGACUCAAACUGCAGUCUCAUUUUGGAAGAAGUAUGGUCUGAAUCUGUAUGAUACUGAUGAUUGUCUUUACAGUAUGAUGUCAUGACUUUAUGGCUUUCAUAUUUAUGACCUAAAUUCCUUUAUUGUUUUGUCACAGUUCAGAUAUGGCCCUCCCUUUUCGUGAAAGACAAUUUUAACUUUUCUGUUGAUCUUAUUCUUAUGUCCAAGUUAGAUAAUCUUUCAAAUUAAUAUUUCCCAUGCCACAGAUUUGUUGCUAAUAAAGAAUAAAAAAGGGGGGUCUGCAGUGGCCGCACGGUCUGAGGCGUGGGUCUUGUGCCGCUUGGUCGCAGGGCCCUUGGGUUCAAAUCCCACUCAAGCUAUGGAUGCAUUCUUUCUUUGAAUUUCUAUGAUCCAUAGUGUCUGUAGCAAACUACAAUCAUAGAAUCUGUGUAGAAUAUUUUCAAUACACAUAACCUAAAACCGUAUGUACAAUUAAACCAGAUACCAGUCAAGAAAAUGAUGUUUAUGAGAAUGUGCAUCCUACUUAUCACCUCUGUCUACAUCAUAACAGCAAAAUAGUGGUCUCAAUAUUCAUGCAGAACCUGAGUGUACAGACAUUGUGAUAAGGCUUUAUCUUUAUGGUAAUUUUCAUAAUGUAGUGAUUGUGAUUUGACCUUGUGAAACUCAGUAUACAUGGGUGAUAUGUGACAAACAUACUCAAAAAUCAAAAGGUUAAAUAUUCUGCUCAUAUGCGGUAUUAACUAA